CAUUGAAUGAAUCAUGUUCCUUGAUAGUUAUUUAUUAGUUUCUUUUAGUUGCAUUAAGGCGAAUCUUGACAGACAGUCAAUUUAUUAUACGUUCUACAAUGUUUCAUAAAUUAUUUAUUUUUGCCGUUAUACUUUCUAUAUCAUUAGCAGAGGAAGAUUCAUGUCCAAAUAUUAUUUUGAGAACACAAUGGAAUGCAAAAAAGUCGGUAUUAGAUAAUUUUUUAAUACCUCCUCUUGAAUAUGUCGUUAUUCAUCAUACCGUAACUCCAGAAUGUCUAAGUCAAUCGAGUUGUUCUAGUCAAAUGCAAAAUAUUCAAUCUUAUCACAUGGAUUCUCUCGAGUGGCACGAUAUUGGCUAUUCAUUUACAAUUGGAGGAGAUGGAAACGUGUACGAAGGUGUUGGAUGGUACAAAGAAGGCGCGCACACUUACGGUUACAAUAAAAAAGGUUUAGGAGUUGCAUUUAUAGGAAACUUUCAAAACAAGAAGGCAAGUGAGGAAAUGAUGAAAGCAGCUCACAAUUUAAUCAAAUGUGGAAAAUCGGAAGGAUAUUUGCGAAAUGAUGUCAAAGUAGUCGGAGCACGCCAAGUCGUUAAUAUUAUUAGUCCAGGCGAUCAACUUUUUCAUCAAAUUCAAAAAUGGUCCGAAUGGUCCUCCCGCUCCUAAAAAUCAAUCUAAAAUUACGAAUUUCAAAAUAGCUGAAAGGAAAUAGCAGGGCUCGAACCAGUAAAAGUAUUUAAAAAAACGGACUUUUUCGAAAAAGUUCUUUGACAAUUUUCAAAUCCAUUUGUUUACAAUAUUCAAUUUUACGAAUUACAAUUAUUCGUAAAUUCUUC